UGACAAUGCGGCUGCGUCUUGUGCUUUCCCAGGCCACGGCGGGAAGACGACUUCUUCAAAUGCAAAAGGAUGAUUCCGAGAAAAUCCGCGAGCAGAGAGGCGUGCGCAGAGCCCUCUUGGACCCGAGACAGGGUCCGCUCACUUUCAAACAAUCGGCAGCGGCAAGAAUAGAAGCUGCCAAGGCUUUCCGCCCGUCGGGAUUGGGACGAAUGGUGGUGGCUGCCUCUGAGAUUGAGAAGCUUGUCCUUCUGGACGAUGAAGCGCCGCCAUCUUAUGAAGAUGUCGUUGCCUCCUUGCCCAAAUCGUUCCCAGAACGGCGGAAGCGAAUGAUGCCUCCGAGCAGCCUACAGCGAACGCGAUCCACUUUGGCGCACCUGGAUUCGUUACCAGCUGACGUCCACGCCGGCCCUGACGAUAUCGAGCUCGACAAGAGUGAUAUCGACGACCUUGAUAUCGAACUCGACUUGCAGCAUCUGGAGCUCAGCCAGACGUUGGACGUAGAGGGGAUGGGCCUCGACGUGGAACUGGAUUUUACCGGUGACAGCAAUGUGUUUGGCCCAGUGAAAGCUCGCAGUGCGAAGGAUAAAGCAGGAAGAAAACAGGGAGUGCCUCGCGGUGCGCGACUGGAAGGUUGGGAAAGACGACGGACCUUGGCAAUAUCUUGAGGGUCUGUUUUGGUUUUUUUUUCGGGUUAUGACGACGCUUUUUAAUGACAACCACUUCCGCUUGACGGGCGGUCAAUCACGUUAUACCAAAUCGCUUUCGAUCAUACACGCACGCACUCAUCUUCACAAUCUUGCAUCAUCCAAGCAUAUCCUUCAAGCAUAUCCCGAUUUUCGCUCCCUAGAUCAACUCCCAUCCACUCAACAUCUGCAUUGCACUCGCAUCACUGGCCCUCGGCCUGUUUAAUGGCCCCAACUUUUGCAACACAUACCUUCGAGCCAUCUACUACCCAUAUCGCUUACCUUACUGAACUCCUCCCUAACUUACUAAAGAUAGCUUAUUCGAUUGCUUUAUUCCGUGCUCGCCACCGUUCGAUUUAAUCUGUCCAUACUACAACUUACUCGUCUCAAACCAGUGCACGCAUAUUUGAUGAAAC